AGCUGCUACCCAACAGAAACACUCUGUAAAGAUGAUGUCUGGAGGAGAAUCAGACUCCGGUUCAGAUACUAACUCAGACGAUGUCUCCACCGAGGAUAUCUCCACCACGACCGGGAAUUCCUGCAGUGUAACAAGCAGUGGUACUGGUAUCAGCAGGCGACAUGAGUUGAGGCGCCGGGACGUCAUCGAACAGGAAACGGAACAGUUUGUAGAGGACAUGAAUAAGGAGCACGCGUACAGCUUCAUGGCACGCUGUGUUGCUUGUCCUAUCUCCCAGCCUCUUUUCAACAACGAGCUUAUGGAACCUAGGGAUAAGCGCCUUAACUGUGAGAGUAUGGAGCAGGUAGCUUUUAACUGCAAGACCCAGCUGGAGAUGAAGUUCCCAGUUCCACCGGGGAAGCCUGGCAGAGAUAACCGCUGGAACACUGAGCUGUACAUCAGAAAGCGGUAUGUUACCCCUGACAAGGACUACGACCCGCAGGAUUUAGCUAUACUCUGGCUCUACUGUCAGAUCACACCAACGAACGGUGGCGGGACUACAACGGGCAAGACUUCAGACUGGGACAUAUCUUCUCUUGGUCACGCUUAUCGGCUAGUCAACGACAGUCCUGGUGGACGUGUUAACGGUUUCACCUUGGAAUCCCUCACCUCAAUUACCAAGUCGUUCAUAGACAACUUCUGCAAACAAGAACACAAGGACAAUAAGAUAAAGGAUGAGGUGUGCGAUGUUGUUUUUAGGGGCAUUCAGUUCACAACCGCACCCACUAGGGAGUUGUCAAUGGACUAUUAUCUAGAGCUGCUGCAGAAGCUGCUCCAAGUAGGGACCCAAAGACACAAGCUUAUCUACAAUCACAGCAGGCUGAACAGUCUUGAGGCUCAGAUUGUCCGGCUCAGAGCUGAGAUUGAUGACAGGGACAAAGCGAUGUUACUAAACCAAAGAAGAUCAUCAGUAGAUUCUUAUAUGAACGAGGAGGACGCUGAUAAGGCUUUAAAAGAAGAAGAGGAGAAUCUGCGGUUAUUUAAAGAGAGAGUCCAAGCAGGAUCAACAGGGACCACCAAGUACCCUUCACCUCACCACACACCUAAGAGCAGUAGAGCUCACGGCGCCAUCAGGUCCCUCAGUGGUACCAUGGAGCGACCAACCGCUGCAGCCCUCAGUGACAAUCAAUUCAGAGUCAAACUCUCAAUUUGGCAGGUUGAAGUUUUACAAGGACGGGAACACCACACUUCUAGCGAAUUCAACUGCACAGCAAAAUGUAGCGGUUCUAAUAAAAAGAAAAGUUCGGAUAUCAAGCUGUUGGGCAAGGAUGGUAAGAUUCAAUUCGAAAACGAGUAUAACUUUACCACAAGGAGACCGGCCCCAGUGCUUUCGGUCAAGCUCAAGAAACUUAAAGAUGGACUAUAUUUUGGCACUCGAAAACCGAUAGCCUCGAAGAGGAUCAAACUUAACAUAAGACAUAAAAGUGGGCAGAUGCCCUGGAAAAGGGAGUUGAUGAAGGCGGAAACGUUCCACCAUGACGACGUUAGCGUGUUACUUGAAUAUAAAUACGAGGUGACAUUCAGUGAAAAGAUAAAGAUGCUUGGCUGGUUGACUGUGAGCGCAAAGAGCGGGCACUGGAAAGGGGAGAGGAAAAGUUUCUUUGUUCUUUACAAAGGAACAGGAUUGGAGGAUCACGGGUUACAAGAGAUCGGGAAGGAUGGCAGCGUGAUACGGAUUAUCCACACCCUAACCGACUAUGACGUCAUGAACUGGACCAAUGAUAACCAGGGCGAGCGAGAACAGCUGGAUGAGUUGUAUGGGUUCACACUAUUCCAGGAGGGAGAAGAGAUAUAUUUCUACGCUCCCACUAACGAUGAGAAGGAGAAGUGGGUACGACAGAUAUUUCUGCUAACCAAACAGACCCACGAGACAGAUGAUCGGUCCAGAUCCUCAUCUUCAACACAGCCAGAGGGGAGUGACGCAUUGGGUGGUUCAGAUGGGAGGUGCUUCCCAACUACAGACAUUACCGCUGUGCAGGGUAGACAUAGUAAAUACUUCACAGAAAUCACCAACUCUAUGAUACACCUCAACAUGGAUUUGGAGAGACCGGUAGCUGACGGCCGACUACAUAAAGCCCACGAGGCGCUUCUUCUGGAGUAUAAAGAUAGAUACGAUAUCAGCAACGGUUUGUACUACACUACAAUGUUGGACUGUUUGACGAGGAAGGUUGAAGAUGGUUACUAUGUGGACUACCAGCAUCUCCUGCAAAUCAUGGAACAAAUAUCGAGGGCUACAUUGAGAAAAAGUCAGCAUGACAUUAAAGAGAAAUCAAUGGAAAGAUUGUUUGAAUACAUUAAACUGAGUAUGGAGCUGAUCUUUCUGAAAUUUCCCUACAAUCUCCGGGAGAAUCAACUGUUUGGCUACAGUCUACUACUACAACAACUUUCCAAAGAUUUGAACAAAGAAAACGAAGUAGGGGAACUGGGGAUGCUGAUGAUAAAGGUAAUAGAGAAGAGCAUGGUUCACGAGUACGAGAAGAACAUCGCCCCCAGACACCUUGCAGAAAUGGGGCUCGAGAAGUUCAAGUUUAAAGGACUAUCACAGGAAAUGCAGUCUAAAGUGCUUUGUAACCUAAUGAACAUCACCUACAAGUUCCUCAUGUUCAUUGAUAACUUUAUCACAUUCUUCUGCGGUAAUCUUAUGAGUGAGUACAAAGACAUAUCAGAAACACAGAUACGAGAAUUGUGUGAGACCCUCUUUGGUCUAUACAGCCAUGACCUAGCUGAGCUGGUUGGAUACCUACCUGCCUGCGAACAGGGUGUCCCUCCACUACUACAGGUGUUUGAUCUCUACGGUAUCCUCAACAAGUUCUGCACUAAUGUUCCCUACUUAGAUUUUGGAGUUUUCCACAAAGAAAGUCUCCACAAGGCUUUCCUGGUGCAUGUGCUGACACACAUAGAACAAGAAGCUAACCAGAUAAUGGCCCAAACAGACGAGUACCUCUACAAGGAGACCUGGGUUAUCUCCGAACAAAAACAAAACAGCAAUGACGACUACCAGUGUAAAAGUGUGCGGUUACUCAAUCAACAGCUGUCUUCUUUCAAGGCUUACAUCGACAAUCUACAAUGGCCCAAUCCAGAUUUUAGGACAAUGUUUGCAGAGAUGGCGGAGGAAAAGACAGUUCAGAUAAAACUGAAAUAUGGGAACUUCAUUCGAGAACAAAUUACUAUCCAAGUCAAAAGAGACAGAGGUAUCUCAGAAUUGAGUCUGAUAAUGUUUAACAGUCUUCUAGCACUUUACAGCUCAGUGCCUGCCAAUUUGGAUCCAGCUGAGGACCUUGAUACUGUCGUUCAGGGAACAUUAGAGGUAUUAGCAAGUUCCCUAGUAAAAUACCUCAAGAAGAUCUUAUCAGACUGGAGCGGACCAUUCUUACUUGCAGCGGUGAACUGUCAUUUGUUGGGAAUAAAAAACAAGUUGUUCCGAGUCAAGGAGUUCAUCAUCAUUAUAAGGGGGAAAGCCAACUGGGUCAUUAAAUCCAUUCACCCAGUUUUCUCAGACACGUAUCUUAACGAAACUUACAAAACCCUGUUGUCUCACAUACUACUCUGGCUCGAGGAGGUCAAUGAGAACAAACGAUGUUAUCCGGCCCUGGUGUACGUCACACGAGAGUUGGUGGACAAGCUCCGGGACAUCUUCACUACCUCCCAGCAUCACAUCGUGGCCCAAGCUCCACCAAACAUCCAGGCUUACACCAACAUUGAGAAUAUACUUAACACUAAGGAUAUGGAGCUCAUUAUGCAAAACAAAGACCAGCUCCAAGACGACAUUCGGAGUAUGCUGACAGAGUAAACCUAAGCCUAGCAACCCUACUCAAUACGAAUCACUAGAUCAAGGAAUUGUGGAGACUAAAACGAAAUAUGGAUGACAAACACAUUUGGCAAUCCUUCCCGAAACAACUUCAAGCUGGAUAACCUUGGGUGAACACUCUACUGUAUAGGUGAACAUUAUUUGUGUAACUAAUUUUAUAGUGGGAUUUUCAAUGUUUUUGAAACCAAUUUCGCCAAAUUUUUCUUGAUGUGAAGUUAAGUUUUCUGUAUUGAUUGAGUAUGAUCAGAUUGAUGAAUUAAUGUUUUAUAUGUUCAGCAAGUUUGAAGCGAUUUUAAGAUUUUAAAUAUAUUUUUGUACAAUUUCACGAUUUUCAGACUCGUUUAUUAACAGUAAAUAUUUGUUUUUAAUUGUUAGAACCGGACAUUCAUUCAGAGAUCACUUAAUAAUUAAA